AAAUUAAGUAAUAAACCUCCCAUUCUUGAAACCAUUUCACUCUUAGCUUCUCUCCUCUCUUUAUUCUUCUAAUAUAAAAGAUGGCCACUACUUCAAAUCCGGCCGUGAGUUGGUGUAUGAACGGUGGUGAUGAUUUUAGCUACGCCGACUUCUCCGAAAUCGACGGCGGCGAUCUUCUCAUGUCAUUUCUUGAUGAUACCCAUGUCGUGGCGGAGGAUUACGAUGAUGAAAGAUUGAAGGGUGUGAUCAAAUCGUUGGAAGCCGAAAUAGUCAACGUGGACAACGGUUUGUUUGAGGGUGGUCAACGGGGAAAGCCCCCCAAAGCCUCUCAACCGUCCGAUGCCGGUCAACUCCAUAGUCAAGAUCUUUCGAAGAUCAACGAUCUGGAUUUGGCGAUGAUGGAUAUGACGGGCAUGGAAAUGGAACCUCACUUCCCGACAACAAAUGAUGGCAUCAACGGUCGGUAUUUGGAACAGAAUUGCAGGAUUGAGAUGGACGGUGUGGAUGAAGAAGAAUAUUGCAAUGGAGUUAAUUUUCAGGAGAUUAGUUAUCAUGGAUAUCUUUGGCCAGAAACAAAUGUCUCUGAUUUUUACCUUUGAGUAUCUGAGGCCAAACCAGAAUUGAUAUUUUUCUGAAUACGGUAGAUUUGUCUAUUUGAACUGAAUGGGGAAUGCAUUGAAAUUAAAAUCAAGCUAUUUGUUCCAAUGAAUAAAUAAUACUUCGUAUGAAUUUGU